GCUCUAUCCAGCUGACAGCGUGUUUGGCGGAAAAGGCCAUGGAACCCAUCGAAUGGCUCAUCAUCGGCCAUCAGAUUUACAAAGGUCUCAAGUUUGGGAUGAAGGUCCAGGAAGCGGCGGCCAAGGACAAAGCCAAAGCAGAGGCGGCAGCCCGAGCUCGACAAGCCGAUUUGCUGGACAGAGCCAAGCAUCAUCAGCUGGACGAUGUGGAUCUGUGCAACCUUCUUUCGGAUUUCUUGGAAGUGAACUUCGACAGUGAUCGCGACGGCCAUUUGGGCCAGCGUGAAAUCCUGGAGGGCGCCCGACGUUUGAAGGAGGCAGCGUUGGAGACCAAGGAUCCUCAAAUGCGUCAAUGUGUCGUGGACUACUUGAGCCUCCUUGCUUGGGCAUUCAAGGUGAACAAAGCCUUGGAGUUGAACAUGCGCGAGACGGUGCGGGCUCUGCAGAAGUAUAUGGAGCCGGGUGAGGAAUGCGAUCCAAAUCGCGUCCAGAUUGAACUCAUUGUCAUCUCCUUUAUCCGCAACCCACAGAGCCGCAGCCUAGCCCAGAAGCUCGGGGCUGUUGGCGGCAGCCGCAGCGGCAGCGGCAUGGGGCCGGAGACCAAGAAAGUACUCCAAGAGGAAGUGGAAGACGCAGUGAAGGAAGGUGUGAAGGACAUGUGCAAGGAUGUUGCGCAGGAGGCCACUUCAGAAGUUGCCAAGUGUUUCAUGGAGAACUUGCCGAGCUUGCUCUUGCCCUGACCUUUCAAGCCUUUAAAAGCUUGGAGAAGCCUUUGUUUGUGCCUGCAGGGUUUCACCGCAGGCUCUUGCUGGGAGUAGGGAAUGUGUCCGGUAUAUGCUGGUCAUUUUCCCGGCAUUCCACGCACUGCACUGAAAGCUGAGAGAGGAA